GGUGGCUCUGCUCUCUGUGGGGUGUGUCUACCGGAAGAUCAGGACGGGGGCGGGUCACGCCGGUGCGGUAACCCUUGGGAUUGGACAAGAGAAGUUCCGCGCUCUAACUCCGCCCACCCCGGCGCAAGAUAUUCGAAUCGGUGACGCUAGGGAUUGGUUCCGGAUGGACACAUUAGGAAGCUGAGAGAUUGUCGUUCCGCCUCCCGUGAACCGUGAAGAGGGAGCUUCUCUGAUUGGUCUGCGGGCAGAGGCGGGAGCCGGAAGACGCCUCAGGAUUGGCUGACCGGGCUCACGCGCCGUCAUAGAUGCUUAGCGGCGAUUGGCUGGAGGGUGGAGUCGGCUAUUUGAAGGCAGCGCGCGGACCCGAGACGCUCUUUAGAGAGAAGAGUUGGAGUCGCCGAGAGGUACUGUCUCGCAGACCUCCUCUUCUCAGUCGCCAUUGCCUCCGCAGGACACCGAAGAAGGCUCCACUGCAGCUGUGACCCCCUGGCGAGACCAUGGCCAAGGUGUCGGUGCUGAACGUGGCUGUCCUGGAGAACCCGAGCCCUUUCCACAGCCCCUUCCGGUUCGAGAUCAGCUUCGAAUGCAGUGAGGCCCUGUCAGACGACCUGGAGUGGAAGAUCAUUUAUGUUGGCUCAGCUGAGAGUGAGGAGUUUGAUCAGAUCCUAGACUCAGUGCUGGUGGGCCCUGUCCCUGCUGGAAGGCAUAUGUUCGUCUUUCAGGCUGAUGCCCCAAACCCAUCCCUCAUUCCUGAGACAGACGCCGUGGGUGUGACUGUGGUUCUCAUCACCUGCACCUACCAUGGACAAGAGUUCAUCCGUGUGGGCUACUAUGUCAACAAUGAGUACCCAAACCCAGAGCUUCGGGAGAACCCACCCCCAAAGCCAGACUUCUCACAGUUACAGCGGAACAUCUUGGCUUCUAACCCCCGAGUGACCCGAUUCCAUAUCAACUGGGACAACUCAGACAGGCUGGAGGCCAUAGAGAACCAGGACCCCAACCUGGACUUUGGCCUUCCCCUCAAUUGCACUCCCAUCAAAAGCCUGGGCCUCCCUAGCUGCAUCUCUGGCCUCCUCCCAGAGAACUCCAUGGACUGCAUCUGAUGGGGGCCAGGCUGGUCCUAGUAGGACCAUGGCCAGUCUCCUUGCACACCUGGAGGAGACCUACAGGCCCUCAUACUUGAUCAUCUCAAGGAUUUGGGGGCCACCAGCUGCCUCCAGACCUGUCAGCCCCAAGGAAAAUAUGGACCCCAGCCUCUCAGCUCAGGCCCAGAAGAACCAUCUCACUCCUGACCCACCAGCCUCUAAGAAGCAGGUACUCAUUAUGCUCAUUCUUUGUAUCAUUUUUCCUUCUACACUCUCAGUGCCUCUGAGAAGCUCUCUGAACAUCACCUUUCAUGAGGCUUGUUUGGGUGAUGCUUGGCUAGCCUUUGGCUAAAGGCUGUCACUCCUUGUCACUCCAGUUCUCAGGGUCUCAGGCAAGGAAGACUGUUUAAAAGGCAGACUUGGUACCACUACUGUCCUUCCAGGGUAUCUAGGUCAUUUAGUCUAACCACUGCUAGAAAACUCUCCAAAGGUAAGCUCCCCUGGCCAUGAAGGGAUGGCAGGUACUUUGGUCACAGCCACCUUCUAAUCUCGUGACAGAGCCUGGCUUUCUGAGAGUGUUGCUUUGGGUAGGAGGCAUGUUGGAGGUCCUGCUUCGUGGAGUCAUCAGGGUUUGCUUUGAUGACAUGUUCUCAUGAGCUACCCAGUACUCCAGGAUAAGAAGGCAUUGGCAGGCUGACCUGAGAAACUUCACUCCAUCUACCCUUACCCUAAGCCCUGGGUCCCCUUGCUGCUGCUACAUGGAUGCUGUUGUGAUUGCAAUGUGUAUAUGAAAAUGCUUUUAUAUUAAAAGUUUUGGUUGGUUUAAAAAUAAAAGCACUUCAUCUA